AUGACAAGUGCUACUAUUCUAAGUCAAUCAUAUGGGUAUGGCUUCGUUGUUGGGCUAGGGGCAGCUUUUGCUAUAGUCAUGUGUGGUAUAACCUAUGUUCUUGCUAAAUACUUGAACCAAGUUCAAAAUUCUGAAAGAUUCACAACAGCUUCAAGAAAUGUUGGAAGCGGGUUGAUUUCAAGUGCUGUCGUUAGUUCUUGGGUUUGGCCUGCAACUAUCUUGACUAGUUCUUUAUGGGGGUACACUUAUGGUAUAAGUGGUGGUUAUCUAUAUGGAAUGUCAGGAACAUUUCACAUCCUUGCCUUUGCCUUAUUAGCUAUUGAAAUUAAGAGAAUUGCACCAGCAUGUCAUACAAUUGGUGAGAUCAUUAAAGUUAGAUAUGAUAAGGCAACUCAUUUUGUCUACAUGUUUUAUGUUAGUGCAACUAAUUUAAUGGUUGCCUCAUGUUUAUUAUUAGGAGCUUCUCAAGGUUUCAACGCAGCAACUGGUAUGAAUGUUAUUGCUGCUAACUUCUUGAUUCCUUUAAGUGUUGCAGUUUAUACAAUGUUUGGUGGUAUAAAGGCAACUUUCUUGUCUGACUGGAUCCACACUGUUAUCAUUUACAUAGUCAUUCUGAUCAUGUGCUUCAAGGUAUUGGCAAGCUCUGAUAUUAUUGGAUCGCCAGGAAAACUUUAUGAUAUGAUUCUUGAAAGUGAAGCCAAGUUUCCAUCUAAAACUGGUACAAGUUUCCUGAGUUUCAAAAGUAAAACUAUGUUUAUGACAACAUGGAGUGUCAAUAUUGGUGGAUUUGCUUCUGUCUUUGGUGAUCCAAGUUAUGGACAAAAAGCCAUUGCAGCUGAACCUAAAAGUGUUUUGGCUGGUUAUGUUCUAGGUGGUGUGUGUUGGUUAACAGUUCCAUGGGCUUUAGGUAUAAUUGGCGGAUUGACUGCAAGGGCCUUGUUGGUCUCUGAUAAAUUCUAUACUUAUCCUAAUGAAUUAACUUCACACGAGGCUAGUGCUGGUUUACCUCUUAUUUAUGCUAUGGGUACAAUAAUGGGGACCCCUGGUGCUGUUGCUGCAAUCUUAGAUUUGUUUUUAUCAGUCACAAGUGCCUUGUCUGCAGAAUUGAUUGCAUUUUCUUCUAUUUCAACUUUUGAUAUCUAUAGAGGUUACAUUAAACCAACAGCUACAGGUAAGGAUCUUAUCAGGGUUAGUCAUGCAAUGACUAUGAUUUUCAGUCUUGUUGUUGCUUGUGUCUCUGUUAUUUUCAACUAUGUUGGUGUCACUGUUGGUUGGUUAAUUGGAUUUUAUGGUAUUUUAUUGUCACCAGCUGCUUCUAUUUUGGUCUUCACUUUAUAUUGGAAAAAGACAAGUAGUUUUGCUAUUACUUAUGGUUCACCAAUUUCAACAAUUUGUGGUGUUAUUUGUUGGGUCGCAACAGCUUAUGCUUCAGGUGGUGCUGUUAAUAAAAAUACGUUAAUGACAAGUGAACCAUCAAUUGUGGGAAAUUUUGUUUCAUUUGGUGGAUCAUGGAUUAUUAUUCCAAUAUUAUCAUACUUGAAGCCAGAAAAAAUUGAAUUUGAUUUCAAAACUUAUUCAACAGCUUUUGACGCAGCUGAUGAUGCAGAUGAAGAAGAAAAAGAAAACAUGACUGUUUCAGUUUCUGAUCAAAAGGCAUUAGCUAAAGCUUCAAAGAUUGCAUUAAUUUUGACUGUUCUUAUCUUGAUUGGAGGUUAUAUGAUUGUCCCUUUAACAUUUUAUGGAACUGAUUAUAAGUUUUCUAAGAAAUAUUUUACUCAAUGGGUUAUUAUUAUGAGUAUUUGUUUACUUUUGGCAAGUAUUUAUAUUAUUGUUGUUCCGUUAUACCAAGGUUUUGAAUCAUUCAAGCUUAUUUUCCAAGGUGUAUUUAGAAGCAAGAAAGCUGAUGUAAUUGAAGGUACUGGCAGCGAUAGUGAAGUCAUUGAAGUACAAUUGAGUGAUGCUAAUAAUAAGGAAAAGUGA